AGACAUGAUAACAAAAUAAGAUGGCUGACCAACGAAACAAAUAAAGCGCCGUUGUAAAUAACAAAUGGUUCAAACACGUUUUAAAACGAAAUUUCUUUAAAAAGCAGCCACUACACGGAAUUCUGGAAUCGCCUCGGUAUUGGUGUUUCGUGUUUCCACAGUGUGGAAUCAUUGUAGUGACGGGCAACGUGCAGUGGUGCAUUCCAAGCCACGAUUCAUCGUUGAAUGCGUCACGCGUGUGCAUGAUCAUUGAGAAGAGCAAUUAAGGAAGGAGCGAGCUGAGAAUUACAAAUCGCCAGGAUGCAAUUGCGAAAGCAAGAUUACCUCGCGUUACAUCUCCGCUUACGGCUCGCCUAGCUCCUCAUGCUAGUCUCGUCUUCCGAAUUGCUUGAAACACAGCAUGAAGGAGAUGCUUGGAGGGUGCUGCGUGUGUUCUGAUGAGAGGGGUUGGACUGAAAAUCCAUUAGUGUAUUGUGAUGGCCAAGGUUGUACCGUUGCUGUACACCAAGCUUGUUAUGGUAUCGUUACGGUACCUACAGGACCAUGGUAUUGUAGGAAAUGUGAGUCGCAGGAACGUAGUGCUCGUGUGCGCUGUGAAUUAUGUCCAAGUCGAGAUGGAGCUCUUAAGAGGACAGAUCAAGCCGGAUGGGCACAUGUGGUCUGUGCUCUUUAUAUUCCAGAAGUUAGAUUUGGUAACGUAACAACAAUGGAACCAAUUAUUUUACAAUUGAUACCAUCUGAAAGAUUCAGUAAGUCAUGUUACAUUUGUGAAGAACAAGGAAGAGGUAGUAGAGCAAAUGUAGGAGCCUGUAUGCAGUGCAACAAGACUGGCUGCAGGCAGCAAUUUCAUGUUACUUGUGCUCAGGCUCUUGGUUUGCUCUGUGAAGAAGCUGGCAAUUAUUUAGACAAUGUGAAAUAUUGUGGAUAUUGUCAACAUCAUUAUUCAAAAUUGAAAAAAGGUGGUAAUGUAAAAACAAUACCACCUUAUAAACCAAUACCUGCUGAUAAUGGUUCAUCAGAUUCAUCUCCUGAAAAGGAAGCAGAAACCCCGAUAAAAUCUUCAUCUAGUGGUAAACGAAAGAGUUCCAGCUCUAAAUCUGCUACAAAUUCUAAAAACAAAUCAAAUACUAGUCCAAGUCUAGAAAUAAAUGGCGUUGCUGAUGAUAAAAGCAGUAGCGGCCGUAAUACACCCAAAGACAACACCACAAAUUCCAGUAAAUUCACCACUUCCAAUUUCGUAGAAACGAUUGUCACGCAAUCGGAGAGUGUAUUUGGACAUGACGGAACAACGUCUACCACUGCCACUAUGGCAGCAACAAUUAAAUCUGGAUCGAAUUCAAGCUCUGGUCACAAAAAUAGUGGACAAACGAAAUCAAAUUCUUCAUCAUCGAACAAGACUUCGAGUCACAGUAAAAAGAGAAAGACAGGGGCACGAACACCGACUGUAAUAGGAAACGAAAAUUCAAAUCAAUCGGUCAGUUCUGAAGCCAGUGGUUCAGUUGUAGUUGCCGUCAGUUCUGUUAUGCAGCAAGCUGUAUCGAGUAAUAAUGUACAAACAACUAUAACGGAAGCUACAAGUUUAAGUACGACCACUGAACCAGAAAAAUCAAAAAAGUUAAAGGUGGAAAGUCCCAUUCAAUCAUCAUCAAACACCCCAGUCACUACCGAAGUGACUACUACACCUGUGAUAAUGGCAGUAACACAAUCUCAAUCAUCAAUUGUUACUCAGUCACCAACAACUACUUCAAAUAGUAUAGUAGUAUCAGUUCCAUUGACUGCAACUUCGUUAUCUAGUACAGUGCAGAGUGUGGUAACAAGUGCUCCAACUCUAUAUCAACAGUUGCAACAAAGUAUCAUAACUACCGCAGCCGCUACAGAAGCCAGAACGAGUGUUAUGUCGAAUUCAGAAAGAUUUAUCACAGAAGAAACUCCAGCUAAAAGAUCUCGUUCUCAAUCAUCAGAUAAGCAAGAAAAACCUCGUAAACCAAAACGUGGGUCAUCAAAUAGUCAGCCAGCAUUACCACAAGUACAACCACAAACACAACAACAAUCUCAAUCUACCGCUUCAUCUGUAGUAACAUCAGUAUCUAGCAGUGCAGUAGUAACAACAUCCAAAAGAGGAGCAAGAAGUAAUCAUCAAACUCCUCCACCUGCUGUAACUGUAGCACCUGUACCAUCUAUUAUUCAAGGACCAACACUGAGCAGUGGGCAUUUUAGUAGUAUUGGCUCUAGUUCUACGAAUACUAUGGGUCCUACAGUCAAAGAAUCUCCUCCAAGUAGUCCAGGUUCUGAAAGUAUGAGUAGUAAUGGACCAGGAAGGAGAAAAAGGAAAAGUGCAAGUGCGGCUUCUACAACACCAACACCUUCUGCAUCUAGUACUCCAACACUUACGAAUCCGAAAGAAGAAAAAGAUGUAAAAUUAUUUCAGAAUGGAGUUAGUGCACCACAUAUGUUAGGAAAUCAGUUAAAUCCAACCUCUACAAUGGCACAAAAAAUGUCUGAUACCCUUUCCCAAGAAUUAGAAGCUCAUUCUAUUUUUACAGAAGCUAGUAAUUCUACAACAAAUUUAGUUGGUCCACAAUUACAUAGUCGAGUAAUUGCAUCUAUACGGUCGAAUCAAACAGGUGCACCACCCACGUCAUUUUCUUCAGUUUUUAACUCUUCUAACAAUACAAACACUAAUACAAGCACUACCACUAAUGCUAGUACAACCAAUACCGGUUCUUUAGGCGGUGGAGCAAUACCCCAAACACUUGACCAACUUUUAGAAAGACAAUGGGAGCAAGGAAGUCAAUUCCUGAUGGAGCAAGCCCAGCACUUUGACAGUGAGUUCGCUUCUCUACUUUCUUGUCUUCAUCAAUUGAGAGCGGAAAAUCUUAGGUUAGAGGAACAUGUAAAUAGUCUUCUACAAAGAAGAGAUCACCUAUUGGCUGUGAAUGCUAGACUUGCAAUUCCUUUGACAACUCAACCUAGUGCACACCCAGUGAACAAUAUACAUCCAACAGUCAACCCAUCGCACCCCAAUGUCCCACAUCCCGAUGUUCCACCUGGAGCCGCGGCCCCUGUUCCAAGAGUUACUAGGGAACCACGAGUAAACAACACAUAUAUGCCUCAUUCGAGUUCCAGUAAUCAUUCUACGACGUUAGAAAAUGGUUUACCUCCAGAUCCAUCUCCUCCAGCUGCAGCUUCAUUGUCACAAUAUCAGCAUCGAACGUCGUUAAUUGCACCUCAACCAAGUCCAACAAUCAGACACAGCCCAGCUGGAAAUGCAUAUCAUCAAGGACAACCUAGUAAUAUAGUAUCUCCGGCACCGGCUAGUAAUUCUAGUGUAGUGAGAAACUCAUCUGUUACACCGGAUCCUCUACGUGGAGUACCAAGAUCAGUGCCACAAUCGUCGAGCAAUUAUAUGCCUUCAAUGUAUCAACCUACAAUGUCCAGUCUGACAAGUAAUCAAGUAGGUAAUGUUCAUAAUCUUCAUUCGCAUGGACCUUCUCCACCCAGUCAUGGACCACCAGGAAAACCCAGCUGAAGAUAGGUGGAAAGCAAGGAAAAAUAUACUGCGUCCGAUGACAGUAGACGCGGUGAGGUGUCAUCGCCGUCCGAGGCGUGCUACCAUCUUUAAAAAUGAACAGAGGGAAGUCGUUUAUCCUUCGUGCUUCUUUGCUAAUUGGUUCGAUCUUUGAUUGGUCUCUGAUCAAUAAGUGUGAUCAGUUCUAUAAUUCAAUAUCUAUUGACUGGUAAAGUAAUAUAAAAUAUUAACCAAAAGAAAACAUUUGCAUUUAUCAAUAAUUGUAAUUCACAUUUUUAUUGUUUUUUUGAUGAAUUUCGAGAACAAUUACCUAUCUAUUUAAAGUUAGAUUAGUUCUAUAAUAAAUAUAGGAUAAUAGAGGCCUUGCAAAUUCGAACGAAGAAGCAAUUUAGAAAUAGAGAUUUUUUUCUUUCUUUUCUCUCUCUUUCUCUUUCUCUCUGUCUUUCUCUCUCUUUUUCUCUUUCCUUUGGUUGCACGUCAUCGAGCACGUCUGAGACAAUCUUAAGAUCAUCAUUAUCCAUCAUUGUCAUCGAUAUUGUAUGAUGAAACAGUAAAUCCGCAGAUGUACAAAUUGUAGAUUGUAAGUUAAUCGCGACUAAUAGCAAUAAUGAUUAUGAAGUUAGAUGUACAUUUUACAAAAAAAAAAAAAGAAAGAAAGAAAUCAUGUGUGAGUCUGGUGGUACGACAAGGUCACUCAUUUUUUCUAUAAAGACAUCUUUUUCUAAAUGUUUCACUAUUAUUUUAAUAGAAAUUUAUUUUGCGGAUUUCUUUUAGUAAGCUCGCAAAAGAUAAAAUUAAAAUUGUAAAUAUUUUGUAAUUGACCCAUUUCACGACCUAACCGAUGUAUAUUUUAAUCUUAUAUGUGUAUAUAUAUAUACGUAUAUAUAUAUAUAAAACGUACAAUAUACUUAGCAUAUAAUUUGAGCACUGCCUUCCAUCAAUGAAAUGGCCGUGAAAUGGGUCGAAGAAGUUAUUUUUAUUCAUAGAAUAAUGGUUCUUAUGGUUUCUUCAGAGCGGUUAAUCGAACUACGAUCAUUAGAUGGGAAUUAAGAAAACAAUUGAAGUUAUGUCUAAAUGGAAUAUUAUUACGCGCUUCGUUUUCGCAUAAAAAAAUCCAUUUGCGAUUGUUCUUGGUUAUAUCUUGCCUUUUUUAAUGGCAGCACAUUUUAUUUGGAUUCUUAUUCUAUCAAUAAUAUAAAAUUUCGACUUUUGUCGAUAUGAGAGACGUAAUCAAAAAAAAUAAAUAAAUAAAUAAAUAAAAAAAAAUAAAAAUAAAAAAAAAUUAAAAAAAAAAAUUGAUAAUUUUAGCUCGAAAUUGGAGCUAUUUGUAUUAAUGAAAUUCUAUUCGUUAAAAAUUAAGAGUUAUAUACAAUAAGGAGAAUAAUCUUUUGUCUCUCAGUUCGUCAAAAUAAAUAAAAAAAAAUUUUCAUUUAAGAAUUAUCUAUAUUUUAACGUUAAAAUAUGAAUUUAGUUUUGUUUUUUUUUUUUUUUUUUAAUUAAUAUCUAGCUAGUAAGGAUUUUUACACUAAUCUUUUUUAUUCUGUUGUAGGAAAUAAAAUUUUAAAACGAAAAAGUCAAUGUUACCAUGUUGUGUUCUCAAUUGGAAAGUAUUAUUUUUAUGGACGGACAAUUUUCGAUAAUGAAAAAUAACGAAUGUUCGUAAGGAAUCCGGAAAAACCACUAGGCUUACUUAGUAUGAUAAAUGCGGCAUCAAGCGUUCACGUCACCACUCAGGGAAAAAUCGAUUUGUUAAAAUUCUAUCGAAUUUUCUUCAUGUCACAUCAAUUGUAGCGAGCACUAGAAGAACACUAUUUCAUAUCAUACAUUCAUUUUUGAAUCCAAAGAAAUUAUUUUACUUUACUUUACUUUAUUGCAUUAUAUUCUUAGUAGUGCUUAAGCGUCGAAUAAUAAAUUAUUUCGAGUUGUUUUCAUGAAACGAAAAAUUUUUAAGCUUUUUAAAAAUUUUUUCUUUUUUAUUUAUGAAAAUUUAUAUAUUAUUUUUAAGGUAUACGUAUAGUGUUCAAUGCUACAAUUUGAAGAAAAUAAUAUUCACAAUUGAUGAUUUAUAAUCGAAAGUAUAUGAAAUGGUUUCCAAAAAAAAAAAAAAAAAAAAAUCAAGUGAUUAUUGAAGACAACACAGUGCGUUUUUAUCGACGAAGAAUAUUUUAUGCGUUUAUUAUCUCAAUGUAACGUUGCUGUACUUUUUUAAGAUAAUAUACAUUACGAUAGAAGGGCAAGAAGGAAUGAGAGAGAGGAAAGAGCAAAAAAAAAAGAAAAGGCGAGAACAAAGCGUGUAUAAGUGAAAAGUGUUGAAAACAAAAAGAGAGCAGUUAAUAAUAUUUUUACACAGCAGACCGUGCCAAAUUUUUGCAAUCGAAUCAUUGAACUCCCUUGAAACUCUUGAGCAACACGUGCCUAAGUAACUUGUUGUUUAAAAUCUUGGGACUGGAAUUGUUUUAUUGCGAUGAUGGAGAGAAAAAAAAAAAAGAAUGAAAUUUAAACAUUGCUCCUUUUUUUUUUUUUUUUUUUUUUUAAUGCUCUCAUUUAUUUUGUGUUCAUUUUUAAAAUUCUUCGUGUACAAAUAAAUUAUUGUGUUCCUAAUCCGCAGUGGAUCGACUGUCAGAGAUUUUUUUUUUCGCUCGAAAAUUUAACUUUAAUUUGACCAAAGUCUUUUCUAAUUCUAGGCUGCAUUGGAUCUAUAUAGAAAAGAUAAAAACGGAAAUGUUUUUAUGCUUGAAGUAAAACAAAAUUCUUUUUCUCGGACAAAAAUUUCAAAUAAAUGUUUUUUUUUUUUUUUUUUUUUUUUUUUUUGUUAAAUUUUGUAUAAAUUCAAUGCGAGCCUGUUCAUUAGACUUUUCUAUUCGCUUGUAGUUUAAUUGUAACUUAAAUAUUUGGUACCUAUAUAACUUAUGUACACAAGAAUCAUGCGUUUUAGGGUAGAUACGUAUGUAUCGUUAGAUUUGUUCGUAUUAAGGACUUUGUACGCUCAUGAUAAUGACAAGAUAAUUAUUCAAAAAUGAAGCGAAACGAUGAGCAAAAACUAUUUAUUGGAUAAAUUAAUUGCAGACUGCUCGAGUGCACUGGAAAGAGAGACCACGUAGUCCCAGUUUGAUGAGAUAAAAAUGAAUUUGUUUCCCAGCCGUGGCGACAUUAAAAAAAGACAAUUCAAACAAUUGUAAAUCAUGAAAUCACAAUGUCCAAGCGGCAGCAAUGCUUUGAUUGGCCGAAAUAUUGGCACAGAUUCAUAUAUAUAUAUAUAUAUAUAUAUAUAUAUAUAUAUGUAGGCAUUUUGAUACUCGAGAUCUCUUCGCUAAGAAUCAUUGUUGGACAAUUGAAUGUAAUGAUAAAAGGAAAAAGAAAAAGGAAAAAAAAAAAAGAGAAAUGAAAAAAGGAAAAAAAAAAAAAAAAAUAUGUGUGCAAGUGAAACCAAACUUGUCGCCGUUUGUGAAGCGUGUUUUCAUUUUUCUACGAGAGUUAGCUAAUAUCCCUCCCGCGUCUCUGGACGAAACGAACAGGCUAAUAAGUAAUAAUUCAUUGUAAUAUAAUUGUAAUACAUAGAAAGAAGAAACAAUAGCUAGAGAAUGAGAAGGAGAUGAAUUUAUUUUCUCGUCUCUCGAAUGCACUUGUCGGUUUUCCCAAGAAGCGUGCCGAUUUAUACUUUAUACUGGAUAUUGGAUAUAUUUGUAAAAAGAUUGAAAGUGAGAUAUUUUCAUUUUCACUUUUUUUUUCUUUCUUCUUUUCUUUUCUUUUCUUUUCUUUGGGACAGCCUACAAGUUAUAGAAAGCGCUAGCUAUCCGUGUAAAAAGAUGAAAGAGUGGAGAACACUUUGAAGGUUGCCGCGUCCUCCGGUAAUAAUCUUUUGUAUAUUUUCAAGUGAGAAAUGAGCAGCUAAAAAUCCGGGGCUGCUCCGUGGCUAAUUUACCUUUAAAUUGUCCUCGUGUUGUAACGUAUGUUUUUUAUCUUAAGGAAAAUGAGGGAAAGGAAUAUGUCGAGCGAAUAUGCCAUAUAUGUUUCCACAUGGAUGGAAAAAAAAGUUUUCUUAUGGGAGAAAAGGCUGAUUGUUUUUUUUUUUUCUUUUUUUUAAAUUGUGUUUAACGUAAUAAUUUUUUCUGGUGACAUCGUCCACCCCUAACAGGUAUCCCUGAAUUUAAUUAGGAAUUAGUAGUAUUAGGAUUGUUAUUUUAAUUUUUGUAUCAUUAAGUUAUGGGAAAAAAUUUCAAACUUAAGACUUGGAGUUUUUGAUCAUAAUUUUUUCAUAUUGUUGUUAUGAAAUCUGCUCAAGAUUAUAAAUAAUCACUGGGUGCUCAAAAGUUAUCUUGAAAUGUAGAAUAUUUUACAACUUUAUUUAAUAAAUUUUUAAUAUACAAUUAUAUAAGAAAAAGUAUAAGUAUAUAUUCACUUCUUCUUUAUCUCUAUAAAAUUUAUAGAGUAUGAAUAUAUGUUAAUUUCUAUAUGAAGGAUGUAUUUACACAAAAAAUUAAGAAAUAAGGGAAACUAUUGAUUUAAAUUCAGGAACCAACACUACUAGGCUAAGAUCCUUGUCUCGAAUUGGAUAUAUUAAUAGAAACUUUCACUUUUAUAUUUGUAUCUAUUAAGAUUAACACAAGAUUUGUCGAAUUGAAACAAAAGGAAUGAAGGGAUGGACGAAAGCUCACAAAAUAAAAAAAAAAAGAAAAAAGGUUUAUCCUGACGACAUUGAUGCUAUAUAAUCGUAUAUAGUUCUUGAACUUUUCCUCUGCUUUUCAUUCUCUGUUUAAAGAAAAUGCAGACGAAAGUUCCGUGAAAUUAUUGUUCAUAUUGUUGAUGCACGAUGUCCUCAAAAUUGUCGUCUCGGAGUCGCGUGGAUCGGUUCCAAAUCCAGGGAUGUAAAUCUGUGCGAUACGAUUUUGUAAUGUAAUUGUGCAUACGGAAGCAUGUAAUAAAAAAUGAGUAAACGAUGA